GGGGGUAACCCAAUUGUUCAGUUCUCGUUCGGUUCGCUUCGGGGCUGGAUAGUGGCUCUUCACAUCCAGAUUUUAUUCCAAAUUAACCAACUAAAUUUUCCGGCCCUAAAAUUCUUUUAGUAUUUGGAUAGGCUCCAAAAUUUUCACAGUCACAAAAUGGCCUUUCAUAUGAAUCCGAACCUGACUCGGGCACUCCUCCGGUCUCCGCGCGUUCACAGCGCCGUUAGCAAGUAUGUGCGCUACAAGUCUGGUUGCGAAAAGGGCCAGGGUGAGGAGAAGUGCAAGAAAAUGACAAAGUUCCCCUGUGGCAAGCCAGAUAUUAUGUCAAAGCCGGAGAAGAAGUCCAAGACUUACAAGCAAACGUCGAUGUGGCUGAACCCAUUCUGUGAGCCAGACGAUCCUCACUGCCCUUUCAAUCCGCGCUUCGACGACAUCUAUUACGUGGAGUCGGACAAAGCCAAACGGAAGUACUGGCAGACCUGGGUGGCCUGCCCGCCAAUCCAGAUCAAGCCGAAGAAGAUCUGCUGCUUCGCCAAUGCAAAGCGUGCGCCGGCCAAGCGGCGAAAGCCCUCUGCAAAGCCGGUAACUGCCUGCGAACAGAAAUGUCCCGAGAAGUCCUAUGCUGAUUGCCCAAGACUUGCGCGGCGCUGUCAUCGCGAUGGCCGCAGUCCGCCCUCCUGCAAGCCCGAUCGUGGCCCCGCAAACUGUGUGAAGCCACUGACUCCUUACCCAUCUUUCUCGGAGUGCAAGCAUCCCAAGAUCCGGCCUCUGCCAAAUGUGGAGUGCUUGUGCCUGAAAACGCCAAUGAUGUGCGAAGUCUGGGAGCAAUACAGGCUGGAUGCAAUCCGAAAGUCGAAGAAGUGAUCUACAAGCCCACAGCAUAUGAAGCAAAUAACAUUUAUUUUCGGUAAAUAAAUCCAUUCCCGAGUGCUUACAAUCAGACCAUCAGAACGGAUUCUUGGCCAUGUUUGUGACGAGAAUCCAUAGCAACGGAUUGCAGUCGCUGUAGGUCCUUUCGCAAUCGGCUCCGCCACGUCCAGCAUCGCGGGCAUGCAGAUACUUUUCGGCCACAUUAUCCAAGCUUGGUCUUCAAAUUUACUCUAAUUAGUCUGUAAAUCUUGCCGUGAAUAAAAAUUGUACUUACACCAA